GGUAACUGAGGCGGCCAUCAUCCUCCCUUGCAGCGACGCUAAGAAUAAAUCUCCCACAACGUUGCCCCCCGGCCCUGUGCUUGUGGGUAGUCUGAAGAGCUCUGGGCUGCGCGAGUCGGAGCUUUCCUGGUGUUUCUGGGCUGGGCAGAUCUUUGGCAUCGCCUAGUGUAACCACGAUGGUGAUGGAUGCUGAACAGCCGAAGGCAGGUGGAGCCACUCCUGCUGCCGAAACGGGAAUUGCGCAGAAGCUCUCGCAUGGGUUAGAGCGCGUACAACCCCUUGGCGCGCCAACCUCCCAGGAGACACCCAGGGACACGGCAAGGAUGAUGCUAAGAGAAAUUCAGUCACCCAGGCAGGAUCCUUUAGAUAUGGACGAGCUACCGAUAUAUCGCCACGCCGUUUUAACCAUGGGCACGGCUAGCGCCUAUGGGUAAAACUCACUAGCAAACCAAGGCGAGGCUCGUGCGCCGGCGUGCUCUUAUUUUUGCUCCAAUAUCUCAUUCACGUUCCCCGAGCUUUCUCGAGCAUAAAGCCUCUUACGCGGACUCUGUUAUGACAGAAGCAAAUCUAUAUAAACGGAUUACAUUAAGCUAUAUCCCGGAUAAUUGUGAUAAGCAGGGAACGGGGAUUUAGCGGAGUAUUUUGGUAACUUGCACAUUGCUUAACACACUAUUUGAACAGUGCGUGAAUUUCCAAAGGCGUGCACAUUCCCGCUGGUAUCAAGCCAAAAAGGAGACUUACAUCAUCGGGUAUAUGUAUGGCCCUGGGCUUGAGAGCAAGACGAGACCGGGGACGAUGAGAAAUACGGAGUCAAUGCACUGCAUGUAUCUUACCCUGGAGCCGACUGCCAUCGUAUACGGAGUACUUGGUAUGUACUUAAUACUCCGACGUGAGACGGACUUUCUCAUGAAAUGUGUCCUCUCCCCACGAGUUCGCGCGCACAUUGUGUUCCGGACGGUUGAACAAGUUGAAAUGCGCCAUGCCGCUCACAUUCCAUGCAGUCUGUCGAGCUCUUCCAAGAAAAAAAGAAAAAAAGAAAAAAAAAGAAGAAAAGAAAGGGAGAGAGGGAGAGAAACACAGGGACUAACCGCAUGCUGGAUUGCUGGGCUCUGGUCCGUCUGAUCUACGUACUUCCUGAUUUCACAUGUCCGAACCAACAAUGAAGCGGAGACAGGGGAAAGAAAGCUGCAUAUGCUUAUCGCAGCUCGCUUUCUUUUUCCAUAUUUCAAAAGGGCAAAUGAUGCAUAGGCCGCACAAUUGUGCAUAGAACCUGCGGGACCGACCUCAGAAAAGCUACUUUGCAGACCACUCUGCGUUCCUAUCAGAGAGUACUCUGCUUUUAGGAGCAUGAACUUGAAAUUAUUGAUCGGCCUAGUGUGAGAGGUAGGCCCGGGGCCAUUUCCGAACGACUGUUGGAAGCACGAAGCCCAAACAAACUUGACUCGAGGACGCACACGAUCCCUUCCUUCCCCCUCGUCCGCCCUUUCCAUCAUUGACACUGGCAAAGAUCGCCAAAGGAGACGCGCACUUUCCAACCUCUGGCUAUCUAGGCAGCGCCUCGGUGCUGGGUUGGUUACAGAGACCACGCUCAGUGACUGCUUGGUAAUACGGCACAGCAAAGAUAUGGCCUUAUGAAAUGCUGUAACCUAAUUGCUUGACCUUUAAUACCGAUCGGCCUUGUGUUCAGGGUGUGCAGCUCUGUAUCCUGGGUUCCCUAAUCAUGUCUGGUUGGGAUUGAUAUCUGCGCCAGAGGAUAUGCACCUGCGGGAAAUCUUCGUAUUUAUUCUGCAGCGGAAAUACUAGUUACUGAUGUAAGCAAGACCUGAUAGGCCAGCUCAUGGCGCAGGAUGGUCGGCAUUUCGAGUAUUCCGCACUUUUUCUUGCGAGUCACGGAUGACGAUCCAUGAACAGGGGGCGGAGCUUGCUCUUCAUCUCCUCGAAAUAAAAGUCCGGAUUGAACUCGACUCCAGCCUGGUAGCUAUCUAUGGGAGGAACUAGUUACUGAGCACUUCUCAUCCCGGCCGAUAGUUCGAGUUCACAAGUUAAGCCAUCUUGAACGCAUUAGUU